AGGGGAGAGGCAGGAGGCAGGCGCCCGCUGACCUCAGCCCGGCCCAGCCCGGCCUGGGUACGUGGCAGGGCCUUGGGGGGGGAGGCCGCUCCCGCCUGGGAGACUCUUAGGUCAACAAAUGGGGACGGGCAGUGGGAAGUAGCUCCUUUCCCCGUGGGUUCCCCUGUGGAUGCCUGGGGCCGCUGCAGAGGGCUUUUGCACUCCGCUGUCUCUUUGUUUCUUUCUGGGACCUGCUUCGGGCAAGUUUGGGGGUAGCCCGUGUCCUAGAUGGGCAGAGUUUGUCCAGUCCAAGAGAGUUUUUGUCAUUCGAAGUCGUUAUUUUUAAGAGACGACAUGUACAUUUCUGCGAACAUGACACAUUUUGGCGUUCCAGGCUUUUACCUGUACAGCCGCUUUUUGGUCAGUGAACAUUUAUGGAGGUUAUUUUGGGAUAAGAACUGGGAAUGCAGAGACAAAACUCAGACCUUCCUGCAGUAGUGCUCGCUAAAGGGAAGUAGAGGCUGUCUUUUGAACCGGUAGUACCUCAACAAUAAUAAUCGCUUUUAAUAAGCUUUUACAUUGAUCAAAGCUUCAUUAUUCCAUUUCUUGUAUCUUUGUAAGUAGCCACCUACUUUUUAACAGAAAAACCAAGACACAAGCAAAUUGGAAGAGCAGGGUGUGUCCAGAGACUGAGGACUCAAUUUUCCAAGCCAUUUCCAUCACUUUUUCUUCAAUGUUGAUACAUUAAUAUACUUUUUGUGUCGAGACUGAGCACUAGAACCUUUACCAACUCUGACACUUUGCUGUUAUUUUUAUCACAGUAGCUUUUAUUUAGUAGAAGGUAUUAUGUUUAUGCAUCUAAAAUUUACCCAAUAUUGUCAUUAAGCCAAUUCUCAAAUAGUAUGGCUUUUAAAAAUAGAAAGGAAUUGACCAAUUAUUCCAUUUUAUGGGUUGUAGUCAUUGUACAGAUUCUUUUGCAAAUGCAUUCAUUAAUAUUUAUCUUUAAAUUUGAUUUCUACUAAUCACUGUGAGUACUGAUAGCAUCUAUAGGAGGAAGAUGAAUAACCAGUGGGAAAAUGAGAUGAAGAAAAGAGGUGGCUUUGUCAUGUAGUGAUCAAGUCCCCAGAAGGCCAUUCUGUCCCAGAUUAUCUACCUUUGGUCUGUAGAAAAAUGAUGGAAGAGAGUGGGAUAGAGACAACACCACCUGGGACUCCUCCACCAAUUUCUGCAGGACUGGCUGCUGCUGCCGCACUGUCUUCCUCCCCAUCUGCUUUAGCUGCAGCCAGCUCUUUCUCUUCUCCCAGUGUGUCCUCUGUGCAGUCCCUGCCGCCUCACGCGUACUCCACCCCUCAGCAGUCCCUGCCUCCUGUGCGGCCUUCAGCACCCUUGCCCUUUGUGCCUCCUUCAGCAGUGCCUUCUGUUCCUCCACUCACUACCUCUGUUCCACCUCCUGUUUCUCCACCGACUGCUGCUGCCUUCGGUGAUCCCCCUUUAUCCCACUUCCCACCUUCCACUUCUGCCCCAAACACUCUCUUAUCUGCACCCCCCUCGGGUCCUCCCACAUCAGGAUUCUCUGUUGGCUCAGCUUACGACAUUACAAGGGGACAUGCAGGAAGAGCUCCCCAGACGCCCCUGAUGCCGUCAUUUUCUGCACCUCCGGUAACAGGUAUUUUGCCAGCUCCCAUUACUCAGCAAGCCAGUUUGACAUCGCUGGUACAGGGAACAGGAACCACAUCAGCCAUCACUUUUCCAGAGGAGCAGGAAGAUCCUAGAAUUGGUAGAGAUCAGGAUGAAGCAUCUGCUGGUGGACUCUGGGGUUUUAUUAAGGGUGUGGCUGGGAACCCUAUGGUGAAAUCUGUGCUUGAUAAAACAAAGCAUUCGGUAGAAAGCAUGAUUACAACGCUGGACCCUGGCAUGGCGCCAUAUAUCAAAUCUGGAGGUGAACUGGACAUUGUAGUGACCUCAAAUAAAGAAGUAAAAGUUGCCGCCGUCCGAGAUGCCUUCCAGGAGGUCUUUGGCUUAGCCGUGGUUAUAGGGGAAGCUGGGCAGUCCAACAUUGCCCCACAACCAGUGGGCUACGCCGCUGGAUUAAAAGGCGCCCAGGAACGGAUAGAUAGCUUGCGUCGAACUGGAGUGAUCCAUGAGAAACAGACUGCUGUGUCAGUAGAAAACUUCAUUGCAGAAUUGCUUCCUGACAAAUGGUUUGACAUUGGCUGUCUGAUAGUUGAAGACCCUGUGCAUGGUAUUCAUCUAGAAGCAUUUACACAAGCCACACCAGUACCCUUGGAAUUUGUACAACAGGCUCAAAGUCUAACCCCCCAGGACUACAAUCUGAGGUGGUCGGGCCUUUUGGUGACAGUGGGUGAAGUCCUGGAGAAGAGCUUACUCAAUGUCAGCCGGACUGAUUGGCAUGUGACUUUCACUGGCAUGUCUCGUCGGCAGAUGAUCUACAGCGCAGCCAAAGCGAUAGCAGGCAUGUAUAAACAGCGCCUGCCUCCCAGGACCAUGUGAGAAGGCUGACCCGGAAUAUUGACACUUGCUCACUUUGAGCUGCUGGUGGAGAAGAGAUGGUCCCUUCUUAAACUGGACAACUUCAAAUCAGUCCAGCUGUUUUGAUCAUUUUCCUGUAGGCUGCAGUUUUUCUUUCCUAGAAAGGCAUGGUGUCAUUCCAGUAGAUGAAACAGAUUCUUUUUCUGAUUAUAUAAUUUCACGUACCAUAGUUCUCAAAAAAAUAUUUUUAUAGGACAGUUUGAUAUACCAGAUUUAUAAGGUGCAGAUUCAUGUGCUAAGAUAUUUAACUUAAUAAUGUGUACUUGAUUAUUUUGUUUUUUAAGAAAUAGUUGACUAAAGAACAUGUUUACCGAAUAUUGUUUAAAAGCAUUGUUUCUUUUAAUUCAUGAUUAAUCUCUUACCCGUCAGUCUUUGAAGCUUUUUGUGUGUGCAUGUGGUCACAGGUCUGAUGCUAAGCCUUGUGCUCAACAAGAGACUCUAAGACACCUACUUGUAGGGAGAUGGUGCACUUUUCUAUGCAUAUUUUUAACAUGGGCUAGAAUAACAGAAUUGAUCACUUUCUUUUUGGUUAUCAUGUUAUACACAUAGCCCGAAAAAAAAAUUUUUUUUAAGUAAGUUUCAACAUUUCACAUUCAUACUAUACGAUGAACACUGGGAUAAUACAUUUUAUUUUUCCAUUGCUCUGUGACAGCUAAGUGGCAAACGAUUCAAGUAUAUUUAAAUUAGAAGCAUUUGCGUUAUUUUUGCAUAAUAGUAUUCAGUGCUUCCAAGUGAACUCUGACAACAAACAUUUCUGCUUUAACUCAUUUCUCCAACUGUAAUAGAGAAAUUGUUGAGAGGAAAUUACUCUGUUGUUUAUGGGAUUAUAUGACUUUAAUUAGGAUUACAUCUUCUUUAGUUUGCCUUAAACACUGCUUUUCUAACUUUGUGCCAUUCUGCCUUUACUUUUUAUGGAAGUUUUCAAAGAAACUGUUUUUAUAGUGAAUCUGGUUUAUUUAGUCCAUUAUGUUUGUAUUUAAUGAAAGCUUCUUUUUCCCCCAAAUAAUAUAUUUUACCAUUUUUGGAUUUAUACAAAUCAAAAAUAAAUAGUUCAUCAUAUACUUUUGAACUCUAUAUGAAAGUUCAAAAACUUUUUGAGAUAGUUUCUUAUAUAAAUGUAAUUUAACUUUUAUUUACUCUUCUAUAUAAUUCUUUAGAUGUAAAAGAAUUAACACAAUCUUAUAGAGUCUCUUAUGGUGUUGAAGCUGUUAUCCUGUACUGUCAUUACAUGUAAUGUUUGCUUUGUAUUAAUAUCAUUUCAAGUACUUAUUUGAUUUCUGCUUUUUUUUUUUUACCUGAGGAUGAGAUUAACUUUCCAUCUGUAUUAUAUGUUAAUUUCCAAGCACUGUAUAAUGAUUGUUCAGUGCACUUCAGACGUCUGUGUCAUUAAAAGUAAUGAGAGAAAGAAGAGCAAUAUAGCCAGUUGCUAUAGCAUAAUAGGGACAGAAUACUUAUUUUCCCUUUUUAUUGGUAUUUAUGGAACACUUCAUCUCUGUUUUCUCCAUCUUUCAUGAGUAAGAGAAGCCUUUCUCUACCACUUGUUUCUAUCCUUUAUUUUGAAAAGCUGCCCUUUUCUAACAGUAAUGUUACCAUGGCAUCAGCCUGAAGACUCAUCACUGUUAGGAAUGAAGGAACGUAUGCCCAUACUUCACAUUUCUGCUUUUUUCCUCUCCUAUUGCAGAGAAAUUUUACAUUGACAUCCCAUUAGAGGACAGUUUUCUUCAAAUCCCCAAACAGCAAUGACAGAGUUAUUCUAGGGUUUGGGUGCAGGUGAUUUUCCUGCACCUGGUAAUUUGCACCUUCUGCUCUCUGUGAGUGGGUGAGGACUAGGGAAGGGCAGAUGGAAAAGAUAAAUACACGAUCUCGAUCUGGCCCCUUAUUCCUUUUUUGGCCCAGAGUUAUCUUUGAAAGGCAUCAGCUCAUGACUAACUCCCCAUGGUCAGCUUUCCCAGUCUCUUGUUUAUUUUUUCAUUCUUGGUUUUCCCUGUUGUACAAGGGGCAAGAAAAGUAACUUAUUGUAUCUCAUACACCAUGGCAGCAUGAGCCAGGCAGUCUUUUUUACUGUUGAUAUUUUGACGUGAGAUGUGCUGGUCAUCAACCUAAGCUCAUGGCUCCCUUCACCAAUCAUCUGGCUGCCCUGCUCUUUUCCUGCUUGUUUCCUUAAAACUCCCACACUAGCAUUUUUUAGGGAGAGUUGAGCUGGGGACUUUUUGCUUUUUCCCCCUCAAGCAUCUUGGGACAAUCUAUCUUUAACACAGUUCUUUGCCACUACUGUUUUGGUCAUGUUUGUGUUUUUUUGUUUUUUCUUUUGAAGUACUCCCAGAAGUACUUACUGAAUUUAAUAAGUUUGUAUACUUUUUAAUAUCUUCUUGUUAUUAAGUUUAUCAGGUAACCCUGGAUCUAGAGCUGGGCCCCAGACUUUGGGUGGAAAAGCUUGAGCCAAUACCUGUAGUUUUCUCCUCUCACUCUCUUAUUAUUACUUCCCCAUUCUUUGUUCUUUCAUUCAAGGAUUAAUGAAGUAGAAAAUUGAGAUGAAUGGGUAUAGACAAAAUGGUAGUAUGAUAGUAAAUAUAAGUAGAUAACAGUACAGAUGAAAGUGUAUUAUAUACAUUAAUUCAAAAUUAUGCACAUUAGUAAUAUACUCAGGGUCAGCUAAAUUAGUUUAAGAUGUUGAAUUUACUUUGUUCCUUGGCUAGAAAAAAUUCUAAACAGGAAUUUUUGUUCUGUGAAGCCAAAUUGGUAAUAUUUUGUGUUCUAAAAGAUGUUGGGUAAUACAGAAAUUAAGAAACUUGGAUUUUUACUCCAGAAUAUGGUAUUCCUUUUUAAGAUACUAUGCAGAAUGAUGUAUUGGAUAAAGCCAAUUCUGUACGUAUGUAAAUAUGUCAUAAAUAAAUAAUACCUC